UUGCCGAAAGUGGUGGUCAACUCAGCCGACCAUCCCACGGUGCGCGACAUUUUCGAGAGGGUGCGUGAUUUCUUCCCGUACGUGACGCUGGCAACGGUGUAUUCGACGCUGGCGCUGCUGGAGCGGGCUGGCAUCGUGCGGGAGUUGCCGUUCCAGAAGCAGUCCCGUUAUGACGCCAACCUAUCGCCCCAUGCCAACCUGGUGUGCCUGGGCUGCGGCGCGGUAGUGGAUGCGGAAGUCGGCCAGGAAGGCGUGGCCGACCUGGAACGGGCGGUCGGCGAGAACACGGAUUUUCACAUCUCCUCGCAACGAGUUGAUUUUUACGGCUAUUGCGAAGGCUGCGCCCGGGACAACUAG